AUGGAGCUGCGACUGGGAUGCAGGGCUUCCCUGGUCCUGGUCAUACUGGUCCUGACGCUCUCAGGCCUGAGGGUUGAUGCUCAGAGCAGGGCAGGCUGUAAGAACGUGCACUAUGACCUGGUGUUCAUCCUGGACACGUCAUCCAGUGUGGGGAAGGAGAACUUUGAGAAGAUCCGCCAGUGGGUCUCCAACCUGGUGGAGUCGUUCGACGUGGGCCCAGACAAGACGCGUGUGGCCGUGGUACGCUACAGCGACCGGCCCACCACAGAGUUCAACCUGGGACGGUACAGCACCAUGGACGAGGUGAAGAGGGCCGCCAGGAACAUCCGCUACCUGGGAGGGAACACCAUGACCGGGGACGCCAUCAGCUACACCACCACCAACAUCUUCACAGAGCGGGCCGGGGCCAGGCCUGCCGCCAGGGGCAUCCAGAAGGUGGCUAUUCUCCUGACGGACGGGAGGAGCCAGGAUUAUGUGUUGGAGCCUUCCAAAGCGGCGGCGAAGGCCGGGGUGAGGAUGUUCGCAGUGGGCAUCGGGGAGGCUCUGAAGGUGGAGCUCGAAGAGAUCGCUGCGGAACCUAAGAACGCUCACGUGUUCCAUGUGACAGACUUUAACGCCAUCGACAAGAUCAGAGGGCGGCUGAGGAGACGGCUCUGUGAAAACGUGCUGUGCCCCAAUAUGAAGGUCCAACCAGACCGCUUCAAGCCCAACAGUACCAGCUAUGGAUUGGAGGAAGUUCCAGGGUUCGACCUGAUGGAAUACUUCAAAGUGGAAAACAUACUGGGACCAAGGUUUGAUGAGGGCCAGAGCUCCUAUAUUCGACUUGGGACCAUGCCUAUUGUACAACAGACAGAAGACGUGUUCCCUCAAGGUCUGCCAGAUGAAUAUGCUUUUGUGACGACUUUCAAGUUCAGGAAGACCUCGAGACGAGAGGACUGGUACCUCUGGCAGAUCUUUGACAAGUAUGGAAUUCCACAGGUGUCUAUCCGUCUGGACGGUGAGAACAAGGCAGUGGAAUACAACGCAGUGGGGCUGACCAAAGAUGCAGUGAGAGCUGUGUUCAAGAAUGAAGAGGUGGACAACCUGUUCGACAGGAACUGGCACAAGAUCGCCCUGAGCGUCGAGGCCAAGGCGGUGUCUCUGUACCUGGACUGUAAACUCAUCCAAACCCUGCCCAUCGGGGACAGGGAGGACAUUGAUAUCCACGGGAAGACUGUGAUCGGGAAGAGGCUGUACGACAGCGUGCCCAUUGAUUUUGACCUUCAGAGAAUGAUCAUCUACUGUGACUCCAAACACGCUGAGCUGGAGACCUGCUGUGAUCUGCCCACCGGGCCGGUGAGUCAGACAGUGGUGACGGAAGCCCCUCCCAUAGAGAUUCCCACCCCCACCCCUGCAAGGGGGGAGCAGCAGAGAGGACCCCAGGCGGUCAACUGCUCAUGUCCCGCUGGAGAGAGGGGAGAGAUCGGUGUACCUGGCGUUGCCGGGCCCACGGGUGAAAAGGGUGAUACUGGUGCUCUGGGAGCGGCUGGACCUUCUGGCCUCAAGGGAGCCAAAGGAGAAACUGGCAAAGUAAUAUCUGUCAAGGGAGACACAGGUGAGAAGGGUGAUCCCGGGAGACGGGGGACGUCCGGCGAUGAAGGAUCCAAAGGGGAGAAGGGAACCAGUGGAGCGGCAGGUUUUGCUGGGAAAGAUGGAUCUAAUGGAGAAAGAGGUGAAUCAGGGCUGGCAGGCGAUCAGGGAUUACUUGGACCUCUGGGACCAAAGGGAAUUCAAGGAGACUCAGGACUUCCUGGUUCAUCUGGACCCAAAGGUGUCGGUGGUGAAAAAGGUUUGAAAGGAGAUAAAGGAUCAGCAGGAUUAAGGGGUGACAAAGGUAUUGACGGAUUCCCUGGGAAACCUGGUGUUCCUGGAAAAGAUGGUUUGGGAGGUCUGACUGGCGCACCUGGAGCCGCUGGAGUGAGAGGGGAAAAGGGAGAGAUGGGCCCUGCUGGAAUGCCUGGGGAUAUGGUUCAAAGCGAGGGCUUGAAGGGAGUGGAUGGACCUCCAGGACCUCGUGGCCCUCCAGGGCCUGACGGCCCCCCAGGACCCCCUGGUGCACCUGGUCAACUUGGUUUACCUGGCGAACCUGGAGAGUUUGGCCAAAGGGGCAAGAAAGGUGAAAGUGGAUUACCUGGUGUUGAUGGGCUACCCGGACCUCCUGGUCCCCAGGGGCCUCCUGGAGGGCAAGGAAACCCUGGACAAACUGGACCUCCUGGUCUACCUGGUGAGAUUGGAUUUUCAGGGAAACCAGGAGAGCCUGGCAAAGCUGGUUUACCUGGAAACGAUGGGCUGGACGGAGUUCCAGGAAAUGACGGAGACAAGGGGCCUAGAGGAGAGUCUGGAUUGGAUGGCUUCCCUGGUAAACCUGGUCCUAAGGGUGAAGAAGGACCACCGGGACCAAGAGGACCUGGAGGAGAGAGUGGACCAGUUGGUUUAACGGGACAACCAGGGGUCGUUGGACCAAGAGGAGAGAAAGGAGGACAGGGUGACAGGGGACAAGAUGGCUCUCUCGGGCCAAAGGGUGACAAAGGUGACAAGGGUGACACAGGACCCAAGGGAACUCCAGGAAUACCAGGAAAUGUGGCCAAUGUUAUCCCUGAGCCUGGUGAGCCUGGAAAUCCUGGAGCGAGAGGAGAAAAGGGAGAGCAGGGGAAUCCAGGAGAGAUGGGUCAACGAGGACUGCCUGGUGAACCAGGCUUUAAAGGACUGGCUGGACCACAGGGCCCUAAAGGAGACAUCGGCCCUAAAGGAGAGACUGGGAGACAAGGAGACCCUGGUCCUCCAGGAUUGCAGGGUACGCAGGGCACCCGUGGACUGCCUGGCAAUGUGGGCAUCCCUGGAACCCUUGGACCACCUGGAAUAGCUGGACAGAGAGGAGAGAGGGGAGAGUUGGGGAAGGAGGGUCGUGCUGGCCCCCCAGGCCCUCCUGGAGAUGCAGGCAUACAAGGACUCCCUGGCCUACCAGGGAAGGGCAAAGACGGACAGAACGGUGACCCUGGACAGCGGGGAAUUGAAGGACCUCUCGGACAGAAGGGCCAACCCGGAUCCCAGGGACUUCAGGGUGUUCCAGGGGACAGGGGCCCUCCAGGAGAAGGCAAAGUCGGACCCCCGGGACCUUCAGGGCCCAAUGGUGCAGUUGGAUCACCGGGCAUGAGAGGUCUGUCAGGCGUCGCAGGUACACAGGGACCUGCAGGACACCAUGGUUUACCAGGACGACCAGGAGAGAAGGGAUCCCCAGGAGAGCCAGGAGCAGCAGCAGACUUGUCAAAUUUGAAUCUGAAGGACGUGUGUUCAGACUGCCCGGCUGGACCCCCGGGACAGCCUGGUCUCCCAGGGACACCAGGAGACAAGGGACCCGCUGGACCCCCAGGGAAGAAUGGACAGGACGGGUACCAAGGCCAAGCAGGUCCGACCGGACCCACUGGACCCCCAGGAGCCAACGGAGAGAAGGGUGUGAAAGGGGAUAGAGGACCCCAAGGAGGACCUGGAGACAAAGGUGAAACGGGUCACACCGGACCCCCUGGCCACCCCGGUGCUGCUGGCAUCAUGGGGAAUCCUGGUAACGACGGUCAACCCGGCCCCAUCGGUCCCCCAGGAGGCCUUGGAGAAAAAGGCAAGGAGGGGAUGAAGGGAAUCCAGGGGCCACCAGGUCUACCAGGCUUAAUGGGUCAAAUGGGUAAAAUUGGCAAAGAUGGCCGACCAGGAGAACAAGGAGAACCUGGUAAACAAGGAGAGACAGGACCAGCAGGACAACCAGGUCUCAGGGGAAUGCCUGGCUUCAAGGGUCACAGAGGAGAGCCUGGACAACCAGGUUCAAAGGGUGAAGAUGGAAAGGAAGGACGUAACGGACCGGAGGGUAAACCUGGCCAAGACGGUAAUACUGGACCACCUGGACCAGAAGGCCUGGCUGGCCGGAGAGGGGAGAAUGGUAAACCUGGUGAACCAGGACCUUCAGGAAAGGCAGGAGCCCCUGGUACUCCAGGUCAGGCUGGAGCCAAGGGAGACCCUGGGAACCCAGGAUUACCAGGCUUUAGUGGUCCCAAGGGACCGUCGGGUCCUGCUGGUCCUGUCGGCCCAGAGGGGAAACAGGGUAUGUCUGGCAGAGCAGGAGAACGUGGAGUCAAAGGAGAGAGGGGCGACUCAGGUGGGAAGGGAGAUAAGGGACCUGUUGGAGAUCCAGGUAUGCCUGGUAACCAGGGGCUCCCAGGUCGUAAGGGCCACACAGGGAUGAUGGGUAUGUCCGGGCCCCCAGGAGAGGUGGGUCUUACUGGGCCUCAGGGAACAUCUGGAAACCCCGGACAACCAGGACCACGGGGAGAGUCACCAUCACUGGAAACAAUAAGAAGGCUGAUCCAGGAGGAACUAGCGAAAGCGCUAGAUGCCAAAAUGGCGUACCUGAUGGCCCAGAUCCAGCCGGCCCAUGUGAAGAGCACGGCAGGUCGGCCCGGACCUCCAGGCCCCUCGGGGAAAGAAGGGAGCAACGGUCGCCCCGGACCACCAGGGGAGCCUGGCAUGCCUGGGCAGAACGGAGGAGACGGCAUGAGGGGACCCAUGGGUCCUAAAGGUGAGAGAGGAUCCAGAGGAGAAAAGGGAGAAAAUGGAAUUGGACAGAGAGGAGAGACUGGACCAUCAGGUCCUAUAGGACCAGCAGGUAUGCCAGGCUAUGGUAAGGACGGGCAGCCCGGGGCGGCUGGAGCUCAGGGAGAACCAGGGAACCCUGGUCCCCAUGGCCAGGCAGGCCCCAGCGGACCCCCAGGGCAGUGUGACCCCUCCCAGUGUGCCUACUAUGCCAGCCUGGGAGCACGACCCCACACCAAGAACGUCAAGGGGAAUUAA